CAUGCAGUUCAUGUGCUCAUUUUUAUUUCUCAUUGUGCCCAUAUCCUCACAUUCAUCAGCAUUUUAUCUCUUUAACUUCAUUUUUUUUAUCCACAGACUAUACACAUACUUUUGUUAUUAAGACCUGUGUUUUUAGUAAUUGGUCCUGAUGACUGUAUCUGUUUCCUUGGUGAAUAAUUAUUAAAUAAAAAAAUGAAAUUAAAAGUUUUCAGGGUAAAAACAAGUUUUUUUUCUCAGUGAAUGAAAAGCACGGGAUCACUGCCUAUUGAAAUUUGUGUCACACAUCGUAUGACUAAAGGUAUGUGGCAUUUGACUUAGGUAUUUAUGACAAAUAUUACAGCAAGGAAACGGCCAUUUACUGCCAUCUUUUCCCAGAUAUGUGUCGUUUCACCAUUUCUGGGUUAUGCAAGGCAGAGUAGGUUAUCACACGGGUAGAUAAACAAGGUGGAGGACCUUGUUUGUCUGCCUGUGUGAUAAGAGGAACCUUCACCAACAAGACUAAAAGGACAAAUAGGACUUUUUUCUGUCAAAACAGUGUCAGCACCCAACCUGUCAGAAUUACUUCACAUGAUAAAGUUUUGACAACGCCCAUAAGACAGUUUUUAACAUUAACAAGCCAUUGUCGCAAAGCCUAGAGCUCCUUUGAUCACGUGAUGCUCUCUGUUAAAGACGUUAUUCACUAUUCAUCAUUAUACUGAAUUUCAGCAGCACUGUUCAGUUGUUUUCAUAACUCUAAAGUUAAAGAAAGAUGACUAAUGCACAUCAAAAGUUGUUUUGAUGUGCAUUCCAGUGUCAAUAUUGACAAAUGACCUCAAACUACGCAAGGCAAGCGGGGUCAUCCACCUUUUACAGCAGCUUUGCAAAAAAUAUUUUAUAUCUGUGCUGACUGUGUCAAUUAUUAACUCUUCUGGAGGCCAAAGCUUUCAUAUAAAUACUGCCAGUUCAGAGAAAACUUGUUAGAAGAAACUGACAGUUUUAAACAACGAGUCUAAAAAGCUAAAGAAUUUUGUCAGAAGGAAAUGUUUGGAUUAAGCGAGAAGCUGAUGUUUGUGGCAGCGGCGGCUCUGGUUGUCUUGUCCGUAGUGAGGUCAUCUCCGGUGGUGGGGCCAGAGCCCAUCCGCUGUGCCCCCUGUACUCAACAGAAGCUGAAUGACUGCCCCGCCAUCCCAGCAGACUGCAAGCAGGUGUUAAGGGAGCCAGGCUGUGGCUGCUGCAUGGCCUGUGCGCUCGAGGAGGGGGCUUCCUGUGGAGUUCACACAGCCCACUGUGCUGAGGGUCUCCGCUGCACUCCCAGGCCUGGUGAAGCAAGACCACUGCACGCUCUGACCAGAGGACAGGGAAUCUGCACUGUAGACCUCGGCCAAGAGGAAGAUGGAGGAGUCCCUGACCAUGGCUCGUUGCAGCACAUUCUGGGACUUAACCUUCCCUUUGAUCACCAAGAUUUUGCUGAAGGCCAGGAGAGUCUCAAGGCUAAGGUCAAUGCCAUACGCAACAAACUGGUGCAACAGGGUCCGUGUCACACUGAACUGCACGAAGCACUGGACACGAUAGCCAUCUCUCAGCAGAGGUUAGGAGAGAAGUUCACAACUUUCUACCUUCCCAACUGUGAUAAGCAUGGCUUCUACAAGGCCAAGCAGUGCGAGUCAUCUCUCGUUGGACCACCCGCUCGCUGCUGGUGUGUCUCGUCUUGGAAUGGGAAGAGGCUCCCAGGAUCGAAUGACUUGGUCGGUGACUCAGAGUGCCAUCAAGAAGUUACUCAGUGAAGGAUGGACUUUGUUGUCACUCAAAAACCAACUUUCACACACACAAAGGCACACACAUUAACAGCAACAGGAGGUCGAGAUAAAUGUACCCUCAGCCGCCUGAUGAGCCGGCUCUCCUUUGCAAAAAUGAAACUGUGAAAACUUAUUUGAGUGGAGGAAAUUUCCUCCCAUCUUAUUUACAUGGUAUAUGUAUGAUCAACUUAUUUAUUCGCUGCCUGUAUAUUCUUACAAGCAUUAACCAUUUGUCAUUUUUAGAUCUUUUAUAUGUUUGCCUGUUUUAUUUUUUUCAGUUGUAAAUAUAGGGCGACACUGUAUACAUUUGUGUUUCUGACUAAAUAACUCCAUUGCUCAAAACCACAGGUCCAUUACGGUGCCAAGCCCAUUUGAGAGACUUCAGGAUAAUUUUUUUUUAAUUCAUUCAUAACUAGAGCUGUGCACAGCAGGAAACAACACAGCAGCUCAUUCAUUCAUUCUGUUGACAUUGUCUGAAUGUAUCUCCAUUGGCGUUUCCUCAAUGGGUAUUGGGUGAAAUGCUUAAAGUGCCACAAGUAUGUGCAUGGUGGCCUAGCACAAACAUAUCAGUGCUCUUCCAAGCCACGCUGAGGUUUGGGAUGGGUUGUUCAUCAUUCGUCUACCUCUGCUGGUCUCUGCAGGUCCACAGUUUGAGCAGAGGAUUUCUGAGACCUCUUCUCAGCUACAUCUUCUCACAUUAAGGACUUUAUUUGACCUUUUCUUUAUCUGACUACCUACUCUAGUAUUUAUUAUCAUUCACUUGUGUUUAAAGAUUUGUUUGUUGUUGUAGCUAUGUGCAGUAGAUCCAGUUUCAACUGAAUGCUAAUUGCCCUGGAAUGCUGCUUUUUCCAUUAUUGGGUUUGUUGUAUAUACUCUAAUUCU